AUGGCAAACAGAGUAACGUGGGACCUACGACGAAUUUAUCCACUUCUAAACCUGUUAAAUAACCCACACACGCGUCUGUCAGCGAUUCACAUAACAGGGACAAAUGGUAAAGGAUCAACAUCAUCAUAUAUUGACAACAUCCUAUUAAAAGCCGGUUACAAAACUGGAAGGUAUAAUUCACCACAUUUUCUCGAACCACGAGAUUCGAUCCGAAUCAACGGUCAAAUAACCGAUCGAAAAGAUUAUCGCGAAUUAUCAGAUUUAGUUUACGCGAAAAGUCGCGCUGCUGAUAUUGGUGCAACUCAAUUUGAAGUGUUGACUGCGUCGGCAUUAUAUUGGUUUGAUUUAAAAAAAGUUGACGUGGCGAUUGUUGAAGUUGGAUUGGGUGGUACACAUGAUGCCACGAAUGUUUUUGAGAAGCCUCUUGUUAGUGUGAUUACUUCGAUCGGAUUGGAUCAUGAAGAGUUUUUGGGAAAUAGUAUCGAAAAAAUCGCAUAUGAGAAAGCGGGGAUUAUAAAGAAUGGCGUCUUAGCUGUGAUUGGUCCUCAAAAGGAAUUGGCUGCUGUAAAUGUGAUUAAAAAAUAUCUAAGUGAGAAAGUUAAGGUGGAUCAUGUCGAAUGGGUUGAACCAGCAGUUUGGGAUCUUUCCUCGAAAGAAUCUGGAUGGGCAAAUUUACCACUGAAAGUUAAUUAUGAUGAACCUUCGUCGACAUCAACUAUUCGUUUUAAAAUUCCACUUUAUGGUGAUUAUCAGUUGGAGAAUGUGGCAACUGCGGUCACUGCCAUUGAUUUGAUGCGUAAAAAAUUUCCUCAAUUUUCAAAGAUCACCAACUCGCACAUAUCUGAGGGUAUUGUAACAACUAAAUGGCCGGGACGUCUUCAAUAUCUAGACAUUUCUCCUUUAAUAAGUGGACGAAAUCAAAAAGAAACUAUCAAUGUAAUUGCAGAUGAAGGCAAAGAUUUGUCCUCGAUUCUCCGUGUUUUAUUAAGAAAAGGGGACUCCUUUCUACCGAUCUCAUUCUCACAAGUUGAGGAAAUGUUUUGGGUUAAACCGACUGACACGAGCUUACUUGUUUCUCUGGCAAACAAUCUUGAUCUCGAUCUUGAUAUUCGAGAAACUGGGGGUCUUAUUAAUGCUUUAAAUCGUGCUUGUGAAAUUAAAGAACAAAAAGGCGGAAAUAUAAUAAUUGCCGGAAAUUUGCUCCCAAACCCACAAUCACCCCUGCUUAUGGUCUAA